AUGGCCUCGGAUCCUCCGAAGGCUUCGAAGCAGUAUGCCUUAGCUCAUGUCUCGAGUGAUCAACCAACUCUCUACAUAUCAGUUGCAUCUCCAUGCAGAAGUGCACUGGCAACGAAGUCUCGCUUCGGCACCUGCAUCAUUCUCGUGCUCUUUAGACACGCAAACACACGUCUGCUGCGCAACAUGGAGGAAGAAUUUGCUUCGCUAUUCCUUCCCUAUUGCCACUGUGCUUCAAUGUCGGAGGUGCGCACCCGCGUCAAUGUCGGUAUCCUCCGGUCGUCCCCAUCACCACACCUUCCAUUUAAGCUCAUUCGAUGCUGGCUGACAUAA